GCUCUAAAGAGGAGACAUGAAAUUUAUCCGUUACAUGUGAGAUGUGUAGCCAAUCUAAUUCAGUUUGGCAAAACAAGAAUCGAAAGUUGUCUUAACCAACCUUUUAGGCAGCACACAGAAAGAUACCGUAACUAUGUUUUUUGGCAAAACAGGAAUUACCGUUCAUUUUGAAGGGGAUGAAUCUGAAAAUAGAGGAAAUUACAGGGAAUUGUUAACAUUCAUUGCCAAAAAAGAUCAAAAAUGUUCCGAACAUCUAGAAGCGUCGACUGUUUUUUCGGACGGCUUGGAUUAGUCAUAGCAUAAGACGAUGAGGUAUAUCAAGUACCCCAGACGCUCAGUUCUUAUUUAUAUUUGGGAGGUUCAAAAUAAACUUUUUUUAAUAAGAUU